AUGGACGAUGGACGAGACUGGGUACCCGUGGACAUAUUCGCCCUAAACCAUCACACAAUGGGUGAUUCCUUGAACGCCUACGUACUACCAAAGAUCCAUCAGGAGAUUAGUUCUAAAGGACGAUCCUGGUCGCGCAUCAUCGUUCGAGGAAGCUAUGAACGAGACAGUCCUGCCAUUCCCGCAGAUACCGAAAAGUCCGAUAAAGCAUUCAAUUUCCAUCGACCCACAGCUACAAUUUUGGAUGAUAAUACGAUCGCUAUCAAUUGCUUCCCAGGCCGCGACUAUGUCCGGCAUUAUGCUAAGCUCAUUGCGGUAUAUUUAUUGUUGACAAAGAAAGAACCCAAUGUAGUGCACUACAAAUUACCCUCAGAAAAAGAGUGUCUUGAGUUAUUUUUGAACUCAAAUUUGAAAAGCAUGGGAAAGGUUGAUUGUGUUAUUGUGGGUUAUGUUCAUCACCUCCUGAAGCGGAGUCGGUCAAUACCUCCUCCUUCUACUUGGGAAGGAAGCGGCUCGAGGAACAUCUUCGCCUGGCAUAAGAUUCGACUGCCAAGUGGAGCUACAGCUGCAUUACUUGGUUGCAUGCCGAGCUUUUGGGGAGACAUCUCGAGACACCUAAUCCACGCACUCAGAACCUUGAACCAAAUCACAUGUAUCAUCUACGUAGGAAAAGGAGGCAGCCUUAAUCCACGGGUUAGCCCGAAUGAGUGGUUGUCGACAGGAAAUAAGACGAAUUCAACCGGGUUGCAAAUGGAUACUGUGGAAUGGAGAAAUGUUCUACAGGCAGAUCUAUCGCAAUCGAGAAGGAUUCUCCAAGGAGAUCAUAUCAAUGUAUAUUCGCCGCUUGUGGAAAGCAUGGCGUGGCUCCAUCGGUGGAGAAGCUGGGGCGAAUGGGUGGAUUGCGAGGUGGGACACAUGGCGAGAGAAUGCCUCUUAGAAGGAAACGUUCAUUUUGGACACCUUCACAUUGUUUCAGACAACGUUACAGAGACACACCCGUAUGACCUAUCCAAUGAAGAGCUGGAAGAGGUAAAGGUCUUGAGGAGAAGUCUCCUCCAAGACGUGGACGACGUUUUAGAGUCUUUUUUUAGUAGAUGGAACGAAGGUCUGGAUAACCUGCCCACAGAAUUAAUGGCAUUACACUAG